AUGCCGUCCAGACUGAGGAAGACCUGGAAGCUUCAGGGCCAUGUGAGCCACGGCCAAAUCAGCAAGCACCGGCAGCACCUGGGAGGCCGGGGUAAUGCUGGUAGCAGGCAUCACCACAGGAUCAAUUUCGACAGAUAUCACCCAGGUUACUUUGGGAAAGUUGGUAUGAGGCAUUACCACCUAAAGAGGAACCAGAGUUUCUGCCCCACUGUCAACCUUGACAAAUUGCAGACGUUGGUCAGUGAACAGACCAUGGUAAAUGCUGUCAAAAAUAAGACCAGAGUUGCCCCCAUCAUUGAUGUUGUACGAUUGGGUUACUACAGAGUUCUGUGGAAAAGAAAGCUCCCUAAGCAACCUGUCAUUGUGAAGGCCAAAUAUUUCAGCAGAAGGGCGGAGGCGAAGAUAAAGGGUGUUGGGGGCGCUUGUGUCCCGGUGGCUUGA